AUGCUAUUCCUUGGAGAUCCUGUGGAUGCAGUCAUUAAAGAACAUCAGAUCCAGCAAGAUUUCAGUGUAGAGGAAGAGACCAUGGCAGUCGUCGUAACACCCACCGAUGUGAAGGUUGUACUGGAAGGGAUAGGAGCAGCAGAGAUGCGCGGUAAUGAGUGGCCACAUGGAUUUUCAAGACUAGCAAGCGUUUCAAUCAAUCAUCGAUAUGGACAACCAUCUGGGCCAAGCUAA